GUUUAGUCAGACAAUUGCCCCACGUAAACGGGCGAAUGCAUGCUUUCUUGCUUUCUUGCUUCCUUCCUUGAGUCUCUCUUUCCUUCUCUGUUUCCUUCUCUGUUUCCUUCUCCCUUUCUCUCUCUCGUUCGUCCUCCUCUAUGAUGAUGAUGACUAUGACUAUGACUAUGAACUGCAUUCCAUUCCAUGCUUGACAAUUAGGUAGGUAAGGUAGGAAGGUAGGUAGGUAAAGUACCCAAGCAUUAAGCAAUAAAUAACCAACAGUUGACCGUUGAACGCUGAAACGCAAACGAUGCGUCCUGGCAUGUUGAUUUGCGUGACGGGAUGGAGAAGAAGAGAAAAGAAAGAAAAGGGGAAAAAAAAGAAAGGGGGGAGGGGGGAGGUAACACUUCUCCUUUCAUCUCCCUCUAUCCUUUUCUCCCUUUCCCUCUCUCUCUCUCUCUCUCUCUCUCCUUCCUUGUCUCCCUCGCUCCAAGCAAGAAACCAAGAAACCAAGAAGAAAAAAAAAGGAGGAAAGCAACGAAGAAAUCAAAAAAAAAUCACAUAAGAAGAUGGAACUACAAGCCAGCAGCAUACAUAAGCCCAUACCCCAAACUGACCACAACGGCAAACGUGAGCAGCGAACUGGGCACGCCGCGCGUAAUAAAGUGUUUGACCUGCAGGUAGCGCUGGCCCGUCUGGGGGUCUUCCAUCAUGAUGGCGGCUAUAUU